UCCAGAGACAACUAUUUUGUGAUUUAGAAUAUUACUGAUAUGGAUAUGUAUUUUUGUAAGCUCCGAGGAGGAAAACCUAAAUAUAUUUUGUGGGUUUGAAAUGGAAUUUGCGCGGGAGCGAAUGAUCCCAGCCCGGGGUGGAGAAACACUACUGCGUUGUUUACACAACAAAGACGGGUCGGGUGGGCCCAGUAGCAGACAUUCACCCUGGAGUGAGUCGACAACAACAGCCACUUCCCUGUGUUAUGCUGGUCCCAGCCCUUUCCUUCUCGGGUGAUUUCUAGAGUGAAUAAAUGAGAGAAAACUACAAAUAAAUUGUUCAACUAAGGAGCCAUGUUCAGGAGAGCUUGGCAUGUUUGGUCAAAACUAUUCGGACGUUACCUGUGGGUGACCAACACCGUGAGCUCCGGAGCUUUGCUAGCCAUAGGAGACGGUAUACAGCAAAAUGUAGAACACACUCGAGGCGUCAACAUCACCCCGGGUUAUGACUGGGGAAGAACAGGUAGACUCUUUCUUGUUGGUCUGAGUCUAGGUCCACCCCAUCAUUUAUUUUACCUCUGGCUAGACAAGGUCUUGCCAAAGAAGAAUGCUAAAGUCAUCUUUAAGAAAAUUAUGGCAGAUCAAUUUAUAGGAGCACCACUUUUUGCUGUGAUAUUUUUCUUAGGAGCCGGACUACUUGAAGGAAGGACACUUAAUGAAUCUUGGCAGGAGUUUAAGGAGAAGUUCCCAACAGUCUAUGCUUUUGACUGGUUCAUAUGGCCGCCCAGCCAGGCCAUCAACUUUUACUUCGUUCCUACACAGUAUAGAGUCUUGUACAUAAACGGUGUCACAGUUGUGUGGGACAUUUUUCUCUCUCAUAUGAAACACAUGGAUCAAGUCACUAAGAAAACACAAGUAACAGCUGUCACGGCAUAAUAGAAACUGCUACUUGGAAUCUUCAGUCUCAAACUCAGAGGCCAAAUAUUAUCCAUAACAAUAGCUUUACUGGUAAGUGGAGAUAAGAAGCUAUAUUAUAUUGUACAGUUUAUACAAGAAAUUCAAGAGAUUGGGAGAUGAAAAUUGUUAUUAUUAAAUUAGAUCAUAUGCAAUAUGUACUGUAAAGUGAUAUCCCUAUUAGCCGGAACAAUUGGAAAAUUCAAGCUUUGGGAACGAUUUUUCGAGAAAAUUUCAAUUCCUGUUAUCCGAGAGUUACGGGUUUGCGGGAUUCCGGCUAACGGAGAUAUUACUGUAUAAAAUUAUGUUUGGGUGCGUAGUAGUGGAGAGGAGGAGGGAGGAGAGGACAUCACACCCCCCGUGCUCAUCAGCCCAUAAUUUUACCGUAAUUCUAAUAUUAUUUAGGUCGUGUGAAGGAUAAAAAAUAAAAAAUUUAAUGAGCUAUUCUUGUAUAGUCCCAUAA